GGUGGGGGGGAAUUCUUUUUUUAUUUUUAAAUAUUUUUUGUUUUUUAUUAAACGGGACUUCCAAAGCACAAUUUUGUUUUACUUCAAAAGAGAAAAACAACAACAAAAUUUCACCUGCUGUUAAGGAAUAUACAGGAUCCUCUGUGUUACGUUACCAAGCAAAAAGGCGACUGCCUAAAGUUUGGACCACCUGCCCAGCGUAGUUACUGAGAGAGGAGAGGAAGGGGGAACCUCCCUCAUCGUUGUCUACUGCUGCCUUCUGCUUCCUCCUGGGUUCAGAUGUACGCUGAGAAAGUUGUGACAGAGGGGAAGAUGGGGAACAGAGGCAUCUCUCUGACCUGUGUGUUGACCCCGUGGAGGUUGAUGGGCGUCUGUGUAACACUCAUGGCCAUUGGAGUCAUCGGCGCUGCAGUCUGGGCCGUAGUCACUUUCUGCACCAUGGAGGAGGACACAGGACUGUAUGACGUUCAGGUAAAUUCACCUGACCAGCAUCUCAGAGUGUUUGACUCUGCUCAGAGGAGGUGGCGCCAGGUGUGUUCCUCGUCAGCCAAUGAGCUUCUUGCUAGCAUCAGUUGCGAGGAAGUUGGAUUUGUCAGCGUGGUGAACUACUCGGUCGUAUCGGUGCCUGAAGCCGGUGGUGACGUUGGAGAGUUCUUCUGUGUCAGACAGGAAGAGCUCAGCUAUGGAAAGAAAAUCAAAGACUCAUUGUACCCAUGUGCCUGUGAGAGCCAGGAAGUUCUUACACUGUUAUGCCAAGACUGUGGCAGGCGCAGCUUUGCAGCGGACCGUAUAGUUGGGGGUGUGGAUGCCAGGCAGGGCAGCUGGCCGUGGCAGGUCAGCUUACAGUACGAUGGCAUUCACCAGUGUGGAGGAUCCAUCAUCUCUAAUCGCUGGGUUGUUUCUGCGGCUCACUGCUUCCCAGAGCGGAAUCGUUUCAUUAAUCGAUGGCGCGUGCUGAUGGGCUCCAUCUCCAACAAACCUGUCAAUGCUAACGUGGUAGAGGUGAAGACCAUUGUUUACCACAGUAGCUACCUGCCCUUUGUAGAUGCCAAUAUUGAUGACAACAGCAGAGACAUCGCUGUGUUGGGCCUCGUACAGCCGCUUACUUUCAACGAGUACAUCCAGCCCGUCUGUCUGCCGGCGUACGGACAACGGCUGGUAGACGGACAGAUGGGAACAGUGACAGGAUGGGGAAACGUUGAAUACUACAGUCAUCAGGCAGACGUUCUCCAGGAAGCAAACGUCCCCAUCAUCAGCGAUACUGUGUGUAACGCUCCUGAUUACUAUGACAACCAGAUCACCACCAGCAUGUUCUGUGCUGGCUAUGAGAAAGGAGGCAUCGAUGCCUGCCAGGGAGACAGCGGAGGUCCUUUUGUGGCUGCUGACUGCCUGUCUAAAAGCAGCCGCUAUCGCCUGCUCGGAGUGGUGAGUUGGGGAACAGGUUGCGCCAUGGCUAAAAAACCAGGCGUCUACACCAGAGUUUCCAGGUUUCUGCCGUGGAUAUCCACGGCCAUGAGGAACUAUCACAACUCACCAGGUGUUCACAAACUGGCCCGACCAUGAGACCCCUGCAUCCAUCUCUCUAUUUUUGGAUGACAAUACGAACAUUUUGCGUCGCUGAUACUGUGACCCCUUGACAGGGAAGUGAAAAACUGUGACCUUCCCCUUUUAUCAUGGCCUCAGACAUUUGUUCUGAUGGAAAAUAUUCCCCACUUCCUGAGCCUUAUGCUUCACUGAAGGUGUACUGAUAGGAAACUAGUUUAACCAGUUGUUAUGAAGAUAUGGAAGCAAAAGACACAUGAAUAUUGUCACUAACUGAAUUCUACGUUUGAGAAACCUGUUGAGUUUAUUUUUCUCUCAUAUCUGUGAAGUAGACUUUGGACUUGAAGUACGGAUAACUGGACAUAUGAACUUCCAUGAAGCUCAAUCAAUCACUGCAUACAUAAGCUAACAAAUCAAUGCAGACAACCAAACACCUAAAGAUUUUUUAAAAAUGCUUGAUUAUUUUCUGAGGUUGCCUCUCAGUGGAAAUGCUAGUUUUCUUUGCUUUCACAUUCACUCAUGUGAUACGCACCUUCUCUUUUAUAACAAUUCAACAUAACAUUCAGUGUGUGCCUUAUACUUUAAAUCCACUUCAAUCGCCCCAAUCAGUGUUGUGCUGUAAAUAUUAGUCCAUUCCUGUCUCUUUGUUCAAAUUAUUGAACUUUCUCACCUUUUGUCAUGUCGUAAACACAAACUUCAAAGUAAUUUAAUGGCGCAUUAUGUGACUGACAUAAUAAAGAAUAAUUCCAAGCUGAAAGGAAAAAGGAUAUUGACAGAUCUUGCCAUUCAAGUGUGCAAUAAUAAUUAAAUUCCCAUUUCAUAAAACCGUUUUCUACUGAUGAUUUGUUUUAGAAUUGAGAAUAUAAUAUACUGGCAUGUGUUUGUUUGUAUGUGUACUGAUAUUCCCAAAACUGUCAUAUUAAACUUGAACCACAAAACCAUGAACAAAAAAAUAUUUUUAGCAAGAUAUUAUUGUUCCUCUUUGUGUUUCAUUUACCAAAUAAUGCAUUAAUAUGAUGUUUUAUACCUUUCAGAAAUAAAAGUGACACAACCUAA